GGCAUCACCGACUCCUAACUUUCCUCCGCUGGUGUCGAGGCUAGCUGAGGGAGAGAAACCGUGGGAGAAGGGCAGAAAGCGUGGGGUAAAAACAUUCAUUAAACUCGGUUAACACCUGGCAGCUGUGAAGAAAGAAACUGAACAGGCAUCAUCUCCACCUCUCCCUUGGCUCUCACCACCUCCCAGCUACCAUAUGUUUAAGUCACCGUGUGCCUCUAUACCUGAUUAGUUCACAUUUUUAUCUUCAACCAAGCAGAAACACCAGCAAAGAAGCUUUAAGUAAAAUCAGACAGCAACCAAAGUCAGUAUUUUAUUCAGUUUGGCACCUCAGAUCAUUUCUAAUUGGUUUAAAAUCCAAAGUUUCUUGUUGUUUUUCAGUGUUAGUCAGUUAUUUUGUCAGGCCAUUCUCUAAAAUCACCAUUAUGGCCUCUGUAACCCGCUCCUCUGAGCCGGAGAUCCCAGACAACCACAAAGAGAGCUGGUUGGCUCUACUCUCCGCUGCGGAAGCCUAUUGCCAAAAGUCCGGCUGCGACCUGGCCAUCCUCACGGCCUGCAAGAAGUUCCGGUUGACGGCCGGUGAAGGUGAAGUCGGGAAGAAGUGGGAAAGCGGCGCCGGCUUUCCGAAGGAAUGCGAGUUCUCUUACAGCGUGUGGGGUCAGGGCUUCCUGGCCGAGUCGGCGCGCCGCUACGUGGACGACAUCGGCGUGCUGCACGCCACGUCCAUGCUGACAGCCCAGAAGCACACACGGCAAAGCGCAGGAGAGCAAGGAGGCAAACUGCUGGUUGAUUUGACCUCUGACACCGGAUACAGAGGGAGCUUCACAGGCGACGUCGUAGUGGGCGGAGUCAGCCCCAACAACAGACUGUACUCCCAGAGCUACCCGUCCAUCUACAGCCCGGACGGCACCAGCCAACAGGGCGUCGGGCAGAACGGCAACCGGGAGCGAGAGGGGAGCGCCACAGAGGUGGAGCGAGGGAGACAGAGAGCCGGGAUCGUAGACCUGGAGGAGGAAGGAGAAGAGGCGGAGGAAGAGGAGGAAGACAUGGACGAGAGACGACCAUACGGCAAUGAAAGUGCAGGCGUUUUCUCCAUGGACGAGGACUCUCUUUCUCGUGACUGUGAGCCGUUCUUUGAGUCCGAUGGAGAGGAAGAAAGCACCGACGGCUCGCUGAGCGAGGACGCGCCGCCGCCGCCGCGCGGCCUGGCCAUGGGGCAGCACGCCUUCUCGUCGCGCCACGCCCACCCCACGGCGCUGGCGCGCUCGCUGCCCGUGUCCGUCCCCGUGUGGGGCUGCAAGAGCAGCAGAGCCGCUCAGGGAGACAACAGCAGCGGCGAGCGGGCGGGCUGCGCUGACCUGGAGCACAUCGCCGCCAGCAUGAAGGCCCUGCUGGUCCCCGGCGCCACAGACGGGACGGAGAUGUUUGGCGCUCUGCCGCGGCCGCGCCUCAACACAGGCGACUUCUCGCUCAAACACUGAGACGGCGAGCGGAAAAAAACAUGGCGGAGAGGAGAAAAAGAAAAGCCUGGAAUGUGUGAAUCAGUGUCAAAGCUCGAAUCUGUUUAUCGUUUCACUCACUAAAAAAAUUAACUGCUUUACAGAGUCGUGAAGAAAUGUUACGAACACUAAUAACACUAUUUCUCCCCAACGACCGAGCGGCGCCGCGUUCGGACCGAGCUGAUUGGUCAGAAUACCAUUUUGUGUUUUACAGCUUCUCUUACUUGGAUUGUACAGGCUACAAUUUAUUUUUUUUUUCUUUUAAAUUAUGAGAAUAUAAUCAUAAUAUUUAAGAAUAGAUUCGAAUUAAAUAGCAAUUUUAUGAGAAUUGUGACACAAAAAGUAACAAGAUUAAAAUGAGGAAUGCUGAUUAGAUCCCUUAAUUCAUUUUUAACACAUUAGCAUUUAAAUUAUCAUCAGUUUCGGAACAAACAACUAUUUGGAUAUAAGAAUCACACUAACAGAGUUACUCACUCUAAAAGCCUUCUUAAUAAAACAACUUUUUCUUGUAUUUUGAAACAUCGUUCUGGUAAAAUUUAGUUUUUAUUUUGCCAUUUAUGAUUUAUUCUCAUAAUUAAGGAAAGAUUCUCGUAGCCUGUCCCUGAUAAUCCGUCAUACAACUCAGAAGGAAUCAGUAAAACAAAGUCCACUUAUUUUAGAAAAGAAAGCAACAAAAUGUUUUAUUUUUAGUAUUCACCGCCCAGCCCUACUCAGAAUUGUUCGGCGCUUUCUGACUCCCAGAUUUGCUCAGAGAUAAUCCAAAGUGAUGCUUUCUCUCUUAGAUUUACCUCAAACGAAUCAGUUAGUGAAAAUCAGGUGAAUUUUACCUCCAACACUAAAACUUCACUCAGAAAUUAGAAGUUGCUGCUUUUGCAUUCAUACACAAGCUAACUGUUAACACAUUAGGUAACUGCUAAGCUUUAGCCAUGUGCUAUGAUGGGUUUCUGAACACUAAGCGAGUCUUUUGGUGGUUUUGUCUGUAUUUUUCGACCAUGGUUGAUUCAAAUGGUCUAAAAAAAAGUGGAAAAGCUGCUUUUGAUUCUGCAGAAACUUAAAUUUGAGAUCGGUUUUCUAAUGUUGGUACAAUCAGGGUGCAAUCUGGAAUGAUUUUGAAGAAGAAGAAUGCAGCCAAGUGUGCAGUUUUAAGGUUUGCUGCCUAAUAAACCUAAAAAAAAAAAUCAGGUCAUUUCUAACAUUUCUCACAACAAUCUUUAAGUCCAGGCUUAUGCAACCCAUUUAAUUUCACCAGCACCUUCUCAUUACAUGCCUAUUUUUUUAUUUCACUAAUGAAUGACUGAUUGAUGGGAUGAUUGUAAAUCGACUUCAUGUUCCAGGGGGAUGGUAAUGAUUUUUUUUUCUUUUUCAUUUGCUCUGGAUGUGUUGUUAAAAUGCCUGAAUGGAAGAGAAAGCGACUUUGUUUGCGAGAGAAAGGAGGAGAGAUGUGCUAAAAAGUUAACAUCUCGGAUAUUUCAAACAUAAAUGUUCCGUUAAAUCCUUUUAUGUUUCAAAUAAAGGAGCAACACCAAGAA